AUGUCUGAAGAAAGUGAAGAGAACUUUGUUAAAGUCAUAUAUCCUUUCACUGCAGCUAGGAAGGAUGAAUUGACUAUAAAAGACGGUGACAUUGUGAAAGUCCUGGAUACAAUUGAUCCUACCUGGAGCCGCGGGGAGACGAGAAAUGCAGUGGGCGUGUUUCCAAUCAACCACACAACUCCACUCAUCCGGGCUCCUUCUUCGGGUGCUGAACCGGAAAUGAUGGUUCGUGCUGUGUUUAAUUUCAAUGGAGACAAGGUGGGCGACUUGAAAUUCAAAGUAGAUGAACUGAUUGUAGUUGUAAGAGAAGUAAACGAGGACUGGUUUGAAGGGAGACUGAAUGGUAAGUGUGGAAUAUUUCCUAAAUCAUUCGUACAAGUAGAAAAGAAAAAUGCAGUAAAUUCACAUACAAACAACAAACAUUUCAUGCAACAACCAGAGGUAUCAUUGACAACAAGUAGAAAUCAGUUUAUGAGACAACCGAUAGGAUCAUUGGUGACAGUACAAAAAGGAACUGAAACUAACUCGUCGUCUGGUGUUACCUUACGUAAUGGCAAGAAACCAGUGGCUCGGCCUCGCACUGCAUUUAUUCCAAAAUCCACUGUCAUCACUGAUGCAAGCACAGCUAACUUUCCAAAGGAUGAUUUGUUCGUCAAACAAUCACUCAAACCUCAACCAAGACCUCGCAUUGUCUCAUGUGACAAACCAGCUCCUAAGCCACGCCCAUAUCAAUCAAUAACACCUGUUAUUACUAUGACAAUGGAUGAUGUCACUACGUCGUCAUCUACUCGUACUCUGUCAUUUGAUAUUAAUGGGGCAAGUCAUGUGUCAUCACAAACGAAUGGAGAAAGUCUGUUGAAUGGAUUUCAUUCAUCUUUACAUGUCUGUAAUAUGAAAGAUGAUUUUACUUCCAAUGGACUUGCAAAUGUUACAAGAGCUAAACCUAUAAUCAAACCGAAACCCAAAGUUGCUCCUAAGCCACCAGUUGCUGCUAAGCCAACUAUGAAGGUAAAACAGAAACCCAGACAAAGUGUGAUGCAUAUGCACACCUCUUCUCUUGUCACUUGGAGAUCGGGCAGUAAACAAGAUGAUAGUAUUGCAAGCAGCAGUGAAACACUGAUUGACUAUAAACCAAGUAAACCAGCUCCUCAACGGCCAUCAACUCAAGUUGUGUUGCCACAGUCAAUGACAUCAGAGUUAUUGAUUGAUAUUAAUGGUCCCCAACAUACAGUGAGAUGUUCAUCUCAAGUGAAGCCGGUACCAAGACCACGCAAUGUCAGCAAAGAAUCUACAGCAGUACAUGAUGGAGAGCAGCAUUUCUUGUCACCUUCACGAACUAAACCUGGUUAUCGUGACUCAUUGUCAAGCCAUGAUUCUGGUAUCAGCGUCAUCGAUCCAUUGGAUGUCGAACAGAAGAUCAAGAACGCUAAUGACAGACUGAGGUUGGAGAUGAAAAUGGUGACUACGAUUGAAACAACUCUAAAGCACAUUGGUCGUAAUGGCAGCACAGACUCUCCACCACUUCGUAUGAAGAUGCAAAAAUGUAAAGAUAAUAUUCGACAUCUUAAAGCUGACCUGAAAGAGCUAGAAGGAAUGAAGAGAUGUGAAUGUGAUGACAAUGCAGCAUUUGGUUUGCCUUCUGCUGUUCUUUCAGACGACAGUGACCAACAAUCUAAUUGGGUGAUUGGUGACUGUGCAGGCUCCAGUGUUGCUAGUUAUGCUACGGCUGAUUCAGAGACAAACACAUCAGAAACUGAUGAUGCAAUUGAUGUAGAAAGAGUGGCACAUGAAGACUCACCGUCAUUGAUUUCUUUUGAUUGUGAUGAUGCUGUUGCUAAGAGAGCGAGAACCAGAGUGAGAGUUAUUGCAGAACUUAUUGAUACAGAAAGAAAGCACGUCACUGAUCUUAACGUCGGCUACAACAAAAUCCAAAUUCCUCUGAAAAACCUAGAGAUCGAUGGUUUUGAUGUGGAGACUUUGUUUGGGAACUUGAAAGACGUGCUGGACACAGCACAGGACUUCCUCAAUUGUUUAAUUGAGAAACAACACGAAGAUAAGCUGGGUGAAUGUUUUAUUAACAAAGCAGAGCGAUUGUUGGAUGUCUAUUCCAAGUAUAGCUGCAACAAUGAUGAUGCAUCUGCUCUACUAGAAAAGUAUGUAGACAUGCCUGAUAUUCAACAAGCCAUUACAGCAUGUCUUUUAUUAGUAAAAGACGAGUUAACUUGUUGGCCAUUAUCAGCUCUUCUCAUCAAGCCUGUUCAGAGAAUAUUGAAGUAUCCUUUGUUGUUGAAUGAACUCAUCAAGUGCACUGAGGCUGACCAUCCCGAUAGAACUUCACUUCUAAAAGCAGCAGACUUGAUGUCUGAUGUAGCACAGGAAGUCAACGAAAGCAAACGACGAAAAGAUCUUGUUCAGCACUAUCGUAGGUCAGAAACUGAUGGUUUACUGACCAAAUUUGGAAAGUUGAAUCUCCGCACGUGGAAGAAGAAAACUCAAAGAGCUAGACAGAUGGUUAGCCAGGGCCUUGGCUUCUCACUUGGGACGGUAGACGAACAAUUCAAUCAAGUUUACAAUCAAUUUAGAGAACUGGAGUUUGUGACUAACAACUUGAUCAAGAACGUUUCAGUUUACAUGUCAUCUGUUGAGUCAUGGCAUCAAUCUCAUGUCACUGCAUGUCAAGCUAUCUGUGAGUUUUACAGUGAGAGAGCGUCGGAACCAGCUGUCGUUCAGUUUAGUGAUUUUCAUAAGAAAUUGCUGACAAAUUUCAAUUCAUUGCACGUUGUUCAGGUGGAUCGUCUUGUGUUGACUCCAUUGAGACAGCUGAAGUCUCUUUUUGAAUCUCCGACGUUCUUGAUUGAGAAGAGAGAGGACAAACUGUUAGACUACGAUUCUUGGAAGAAUAAAGUGUCUAACACACAAAACAAAGAAAAGGUGGCAGAGUACAAGGAAGAGAUGGUGAUGGCAGAAAGGAUGUACGAAGCUCUUAACACGCAACUACUGGAGGAUCUCCCGUUGUUUGUCGCCUUUGGAGUGAAAGUCAUCCAACACGGCCUCACAGCCUUUAUUCGUUCUCAUAGGCAACACAUUGCUGUUGCAGACGAAAGCAUAAAACCACUAAUGCAGUGUGGCAUUGUAAAUGGCAACACUGAUGAUUUGUUGAGUGAUCAUUUGAGUCGACUUGCAGCCGCAAGUGACAAACUCGUUUCUUGCCACUGCAUUCCAAACGGCUUUCUAACUUCAGUAAACUUGCAGCAAAGGAAAGUGUCGUCUCCUAAGACUAUAAGACAAGCAUCAACGGCUAGAAUCGGCAACAAUCGUCUUCUGUCUACGUCUCCAAGAUCGCUGUCCAGCUCUCCCAUCUCACAAAGAGCCGUAUCUCCAUUGUCUGACAAUGUUCAGGACUGCCCAUCAGACGGUGACUGUCUAUACCGUGUUGAGUUCUCAUACACUGCUUGUGGUGAUGGCGAGUUAUCAGUGAGGGAAGGUGACGUAGUGACUGUCAAACAAAAGAACGAUCAUUCCGGAUCACGUGAAUGGUGGUUCAUUCAACUAGACGACAAGAACGGUUUUGUUCCGGCUUCCUAUCUCGUCCCAUUCGGCGAAGACGUAUAUUGUGUGGAGUACGACUUUGAUGGCGACAACGACAGUGAACUGAGUGUUCGAGAUGGACAAUAUGUAAGAGUACAACAACAACAUGAUGUUGAGGGUAAUCCAGAUUGGUGGUUAUGUGAGAUCGAAGGCCAAUCAGGCUACAUACCGUCUUCUUACCUCACGAGAAAACAUGCCUUUUGAUUAGUGUACACGAAUUAUGCUUCUUAAGUAAUGAAUUAAUUAAUUAAUUAGUAAUCCACUUGUUCUUAUUUUUGGAAAGUGUAGCUAUUCUAAUGGUUUUGAGUAGAACCACUUGCGCUGGAUCGUGAGUAGUAGAGUAUGCAUGUACACUGUACUGUUUUAGAGACGUUAACGUUCAUAGACAAAUUUGCGCAAUGUGUGUGGAAUGGUGGAUUGUUAAUUAAUUUAAAUGCUAUUGUUGAA